ACUUUAGGUUGUUGAGCAGGCGAAAAAACUCUGCAAAAAUGGAUCUCAUUACUGUUAAACACAUUUCAGAAUGCUUUGUCAAACCACAAUAUGUUUCAGAAGACAUGAAGGAGCCUUGUUAUUUGACACCAUGGGAUCUUGCCAUGAUCUCUGUUCAGUAUAUCCAGAAAGGUCUUCUCUUCACCAAACCACCAGAAGCAUACGCUCAAGAAAAUUUUAUCAGUACUCUCCUUGAUAAGCUUAAGCACUCCCUUUCUGUCACCCUCGUUCAUUACUACCCUCUUGCUGGCCGAUUUAAGACAGUAACUACCCAAAACCCACCUUCUUAUGUGGUCUUUGUAGACUGCAAUGACAGCCCCGGAGCUAAAUUUAUUCACGCAUCUUUAGACUUGUCAAUCUCUGACAUCCUUUCACCCACUUAUGUACCAGUGGUGGUUCAAUCAUUCUUUGACCAUGAUAGAGCUAUCAACCAUGAUGGUCACACCACAUCUUUGCUAUCAAUUCAAGUAACAGAAAUGGUGGAUGGCAUCUUUAUAGGUUGUUCCAUGAACCAUAGCUUAGGUGAUGGAAACUCUUUCUGGAAUUUCUUCAACGCAUGGUCUGAGAUCUUUCAAGGACAAGGCAAGAUUAGUAAGUCUCCCUCAAAUUUACCCAUAAUCAAGCGCUGGUUUCCAGAUGGUCAUGAUCCAAUUAUCAACCUUCCAUACACUCGUCAUGAUGAGUUCAUCAGCAGAUUCGAAUCCCCACAACUUCUAGAGAGAGUUUUUCACUUUUCAUUAGAAUCAAUAGCUAAAAUCAAAGCUAGGGCCAAUGACGAGGCAAAAACCAAAAAAAUCUCUUCCUAUCAAUCCUUAUCUGCACUUAUGUGGAGGUCCAUAACUCGGACACGAAAUCUACCACACGAGCAAACAACCAGCUGCAGGUUAGCCGCCAAUAACAGAUCAAGACUGGAACCACCAUUGUCGGAGUAUUACUUUGGAAAUUCAAUUCAAGCACUGAGAGGGGUUACGACGGCUGGUGAGCUGCUUGAACAUGAUCUUGGAUGGGCAGCUUGGAAGUUGCACGAGGCGGUGGUUAGCCACAGUGAUAAAGCGAUACGUGAGUGGCUUGAAGCAUGGAGGCAGUGUCCGUUCAUAUACCAGGUGGACAGGUUCUUCGAUCCAUAUAGCAUAAUGAUGGGGAGUUCACCUAGGUUCAACAAGUACGGUUCUGAGUUUGGGAUGGGUAAAGCAGUGGCACUUCGCAGUGGCUAUGCGCACAAGUUUGAUGGGAAAGUUUCAGCAUAUCCGGGGCAUGAGGGAGGCGGAAGCAUUGAUUUGGAGGUAUGUCUUCCAUCAAAUUCCAUGAGAGCUCUUGAAGCUGAUCAAGAAUUCAUGGAAGCUACUUCUUGAUCCAAUCAGUUAAAAUUACUUUCCUUCAUGUGUGGUGAUCAAUUUCAUUUUACCUUAGUUUGAAUAAGAAAUACAAGCAAUAAUAUUGUUGAAUGUUGAGUGCCAUUGAAACAAGCUGUUUAGUUUUCAA